AUGAAGUAUGCACAAGUAGGAAAUGAUGCAGACGAGCGCAAUGACGGCGUAUCCGUAGCCAGCAGCAAACGAAAGUUUCGACGCCAUCGACGAGUCAAUUCAGGUCUCUCGGAGCCUCUCACGGCGGCUGACUCUUCGGUCGUCGACGAAUCCUUGGGAAGUGGGGCCGUCAACGGGGAUCCUUAUUUCGUAUUUCGAUCAGACUUGCAAGACAAGCUAGAGUUGGUGGAUGAUGCCUUGGCGGAUUUCUUGCGAGUGGUUCAUGAAACUGAUACUGCUGUCAACACACAGGAGUUGAAAGAUGCCAGAAAGAAACUGAAGCGACAUUUAAAGAAUGCCGAGUCGACGCUCCGAGAUGUACAGGCAACUGUACAAGCAGUGGAAAAUGAUCGAGAUAAAUUUCAGUACCUGGAUGAUAGUCAAUUAUUUGAACGCAAAUCGUUGGUGAAUACAUCAAGAGACCGAAUCUCGAAGGCGAAAGAAGAAAUCACUUCGGAAGCUGUCAAACUGAAAAUGCUAGAAGAUGAGAAAAACAAGGCCAUUCGGCGGUCUGGUGAUGGAACCUUGGGGGCAAAAACAGACGUGCAACGACAUAAUACUGAUUUCGUGCUCAAUAACCAAGCGCAAUCAUCAGUUUUGAUGCAACAACAAGAUGAAACCUUGGAUGAAUUGGGGGAUGCAGUGGUGCGAGUGGGAGAAAUGGCAGGAACCAUUCACGAAGAAAUUGAAAUGCAAAAUCAAAUGCUAGAUGAAUUAGAUGAAGAUAUGACAAGAGUCGAAGAAGAAUUGGGCAUGGUGAUGGGAAAGCUUGCGGUAUUUCUCAAGACCAAGAAUAAAUGUCAUCUUCGAACAAUCCUGAUGCUCUGUUUGACUGUGGUUGUCCUCUUCUUCCUCGUCCUUUACACAUAG